AAUAUUCUCCAGGUCUGACAGAUAGCCCGAAAACUAUACUGUAUAGUAAGGGAGCCAUUACCUAGGACAGACAGCCUAUUCACCAAGAUUCACCAUGUCUCAGGAAUUCACGAACCUGGAAGAAAUUGUCCGUAAGUGGGCAAUGGACUUCCCUCUGGAUGCCAAAGUCCGGAACAACGCAGAUGACAUUCUAUCGGGAGACAUAAACUGGAACAAUCUCCGAGUGUCACAUGGCGAGACAGAAUACUUUGAUCAAAUCAGAUCCACCUCGCCCAAAAGUCACGUGCUUUUUACCGCUCACUUCACAAACAGUACAGAGAAGGAUCAAGUGUACACGUUGAAGACAGAGCGGCGCACGCGGUCUACGUGUACGGUGGCGGUGAUGAAAGGUUUCACAUACGGCUAUAACAUGGACAUUAAACUUACACCACCAAAUCCUGUGAUCGAGGCCAACGCUGGGUUUCACGGAGAGAUGGCGAUAGAGAAAACAAGUGACAAUACGUUUGAAGAGGAAUUGGUUUGGUCAGUAGACAACCAGAUAACCGUGCCGCCUAUGUUCAAGACGACAGCCAAGUUGGUGAUCAAAGAGGACGAAUACAAUGGACAUUUCAAAACAGAAAGUAAAUUCGCCGGUAAAGUGCACGUAACUCUCCGUAGCAAAAAGGAUAACACAAUUCUGACGACUAUCACCGGUACUGCUAAGCAAAUAUUCACUGCAGACAAAGGUUUCCGGGUAGACAAAACAGGAGUACAUCACGUGACCACAGGAGUGUGCAGGUGCAAAUUUGGAAUUGAACAACAUGUGAAAUUAAGCCAGUCGAAAAUUGAGGAUGGAGAAGAACAAGAGUGAUAAUUAUAUUCAGUAAUUUCUCUCUCGAGGUAAUAAGCGUGUAAAUGCGGAACGAUCGGUGCUAAAUAUUUUCCAAUCUCAGUUUUAAUGAAUGUGUCCAACUCGUUUAUAAAAAUGUGCAAAUGGACUCGACUAGGACAGUCUGGCAAUUAUUUUUAAAUGUUAUUUGGUUACUUUCACCAACUCCAUUUACAUAGACAGAGAUUCCAAACAAUAGUAAGGUAAGAAAAUUAUACACGGUUCGAACAUAACGAAAUAGAACAUACAAAUAGUACAUAGAGAGAUAACAACAUUUACUUCCUAUGUAAGUAUAAUACCUUUCUAUGCUCAGUUUUUAUUCAUUUUUAAUUUACCCAGCUGAGAAUCUAUCCCAACGUGGACCAAAGACUAAAAUAAAAAUUUGUAAGUGUUUAUUUA